GUGAUUGAUAUGAACCACGUGUUUGUGUGUGUGUUAUACAGUGUUUGUAAACAUAAUGGUUGUGUCAAUUGGUUUUGAAGGAAGUGCUAAUAAGUUAGGUAUUGGUAUUGUUAAAGAUGGACAAGUGUUGGCCAAUCCUAGACAUACUUAUAUAACACCUCCCGGAGAGGGCUUUGAACCGAGAAAGACAGCUCAACAUCACCGAAGUCAUGUGUUGGCCGUAUUGGACAAAGCGCUUAAAGAGGCAAACAUUAGCGGCAACGAUAUCGAUGUGGUUUGCUAUACACGAGGACCAGGAAUGGCUGCACCACUGGUAACGGUAGCUUUAGUGGCCCGAACUGUGGCCCAAUUGUGGGACAAACCGUUAAUUGGUGUCAACCAUUGUAUCGCACACAUUGAAAUGGGUCGUUUAGUUACCGGAGCGCAAAACCCAAUUGUCCUUUACGUAAGCGGUGGUAACACACAAGUCAUAGCUUAUAGUAACGACAAAUACAGGAUAUUUGGCGAAACACUUGAUAUCGCUGUCGGCAACUGUUUGGACAGAUUUGCCCGAGUCUUGAAAUUAUCUAAUGAUCCCAGUCCUGGCUAUAAUAUUGAACAGUUGGCCAAAAAUGGCCAUAAGUUUGUUCAUUUGCCAUAUGUUGUCAAAGGGAUGGACCUAUCAUUUUCAGGUUUACUUUCAUUUAUCGAGAAGAGAGCCAUACAAUGGCUAGAAAAUGGCGAAUACAGUGCCGAAGAUCUAUGCUAUUCAUUACAAGAGACUAUAUUUUCAAUGCUCGUCGAGACAACUGAGAGGGCAAUGGCUCUCAUGGAGUCUCAAGAAGUACUUAUCGUCGGAGGCGUUGCCUGUAAUCUAAGACUUCAGCAAAUGAUGGCAAUUAUGGCAGAGGAAAGGGGUGCCAAAGUAUUCGCCACCGAUGAUAGAUAUUGCAUCGAUAACGGAGCAAUGGUUGCACAUACAGGCGCUAUCAUGUUUCAAAGUGGCCACCGAACUCAGUGGAUGGACACUGGAUGUACACAAAGAUUUCGCACCGAUGAGGUACUGGUCACUUGGCGGCGACCAUCUGAAGAUAGUUCAGUACAAUAAUAUAAAUAUAUAUUU